AACCUGGUGGUAUUGAACAUGAAUAUCAGUGGGGUCAAAUCAAGUGCUCCAGAACCCCAGCUAUAUAAAUAAUCGAAAGCCGAGGUUCGCUUUGCCAUGGCGACACUAGCGUUUGAGAUUACUGGACGAAUUUGUUUAUUCCACGAUACCUUCAUCGAAAAAGAUAUUUGAAUGCACGGCGAUGAGGCGAAUAAUAUCUACGUGAUACGAUUCAAUCCCUUUUGACAGAGCAGAUAUUAGUCGCCGCCCUGUCAUCAUGUCGAUGUACGUUUCGUUAUACAUAUCGGCGAUGCGCCAACUCUUUCCUGGCACCCCGACCUACACGGAGAAAGAUAUACCAGAUUUAUCUGGUAAAGUUUACCUGGUUACCGGCGCGAAUACAGGAAUUGGAAAAGAAAUUUCCCGAAUUUUAUUUUCGAAGAAUGCGACCGUCUGGGCGGCAGCACGUAGCGAGAGGAAAGGCCGCAAUGCGAUUCAAUCCAUUCGCGAAGAGUAUCCUUCAUCAACCGGCAGACUGGAAUUCUUACUCCUAGAUCUAGGCGACUUGAUGGCUGUUAAGAAGGCGGCAGAGACAUUCCUCGAGAAAGAGAAGCAAUUGCAUGUCCUAUUCAACAAUGCUGCAAUUAUGAUGCCUCCAAAAGGCAGCAAAUCAGCUCAGGGUUAUGAGCUACAACUUGGAGUCAAUUGUCUCGGACCGUUCCUAUUCACCAAACUUCUCACACCAAUGAUAAUCAAGACGGCAAAGAUAUCUCCGAAAAAUAGUGUUCGCGUUGUCUGGGUAUCAUCAUCAGCUGGCGAGCUUCUCAUACCCGUGAGAGGUGGCAUUGACCUGAAUAACUUGGAUUACAAGAAAGACUACUUUUAUGCACAUAGAUAUGGGCUUACGAAAGCCGGGGAUUAUUACUACUCAGUCGAGUACGCGCGUCGGCACCGCGAAGAUGGCAUCGUCAGUAUCUCGCUAAAUCCAGGCAAUCUUAAAACCGACCUUGAUCGAAAUUGUAAUCCGUUGGAGAAUCUCUAUAGAAAAGCAACUACGUAUCCGGCAGUUUACGGGGCGUACACGGAAUUGUUCGCUGGUAUUUCGGAUGAAGUAACGCUUGAAAAAUCGGGCGAUUGGAUCGUUCCAUGGGGUCGGUUCAGUGAUAUUCGAAAGGAUCUGUUCCAAGGGUCGAAACCCCAGUCGGAGGGUGGCACCGGUAUUGGCCAGAAGUUUUGGGCGUGGUCGGAAGAGCAAGUAAAGCCUUAUGUAUGAUUAUAAUAUGAAUGCCUCCUUACUAUUCGAGAGAAGAAAGCAGGCACGUAAGCAUAGACAUGUAUGUAAUAAACCAUUGAGCAUUCUGCCGUCUUACAGAACCAAGCCCGACCAAUUCAAUUCGAACAUUUG